UCUACUUUAGGCAUACACCGCGUAUUUUGUAGUGAAUGGAACGCCACGUACUCGUGCGGCAACACAAGUUAUCAGUUCUGGUAAUCGCUCAGCUACCUAAAGGAAACAAAACAGUCAAAUCCUUUGAUGAUCUAGGAAAUUAAGAGGCUUAUGAUGACUAAGACUAAGCUGUACACUUUAGCCCUAAUUAGAAAUAACAGCGAUGUUCUUCUUGGAAUGAAAAAGAGAGGAUUUGGUGUGGGACGGUGGAAUGGUUUUGGCGGGAAAGUGCACUCAAAUGAAACAGUUUUGGAAGCAGCGAAGAGGUAAAAUUACAUAGUACUUACUCUUUAUUAUAAUUUCUUAUUCAGUCGGCUUGUGAUAUAUGAGUUUAUUGUUAAAGGUAGAUUUUCUUCCGACGAAGCAGACGAUGGUUUGACCGAUUUGAGACGGACCACUAUGAAGGCACGCGGUUCGCCUGCAAGAGAGUACAAUUUGUCACAACGUGCAUGAGCCAAACACUGUGUUAUAGCUAUUUGAGUCACGAAGGAAGAAUCCUACGAUAGCAAAUGCUUUUACCGCACUGCCUUUGGAAUUAGGCCUUUGUUUCAGAAUAGUGUGAAGUUAUAAAAAAAAUCUCUCCAAGGACAGGGUUAUCAAAAGUUUAUGACAAUCUUCACUUUGAAGAUUGAAUCUCAUGUAAGCAUAUUCUAGUUUUAUAUGUUGUGUUGAGGACAAUAUGAGUUAGUCACUAGUCAUGUCACUGUUCUUGUAGGGAGUUACAUGAAGAGUCUGGCCUUAUAGUAAAUGAACUGCAAGAGGCUGGGCUUUUAAAGUUUGAAUUUAUUGGUGAACCUGAAAUAAUGGAGGUCCAUGUAUUCACCACAAAUAAGUUUGAAGGAACACCAGCAGAAUCAGAAGGUAAAUGCAAUGAUGGCAUAUCGAACUGUUACUAGCUUGUUCAAAAGUUUAAAAAUCAUACAUGAGCAGUUGAAUUUCGACCUGAUAGAAUUUGGGUUUUAACAACUUAGCCUUAUGUGAUAAUUAGACAAUAUUAUUGUAAUUUCAGAAAUGCGGCCUCAGUGGUUUCCAAUCUCAGAGAUUCCAUUUGAUGACAUGUGGCCAGAUGACAUUCUCUGGUUUCCAUUCCUGUUAAAAGGACAAAAGUUCUCUGGAUAUUUCAAGUUUAAAGGACACUCAGAAAUACUUGAUUACACAUUAGAGCCAGAAUGUUAAGUUGGGCAUUUUGUUAAAAUACUAAUAUAGGAAGGUUAAUGUUCAAGUAUAAUAUUUUAACAUGGUUUUAAAUAGUACAUAAAACAUUCAAAAUAAAUGUAGUUCAAAUUUGUGCCAAUAAGGGCCCGUUAGUCGAAAGUCCCGGUAACUUGAUGAGCCCGAAAGCAUAUUGAAAAUUAAAAACGUUUGUGAAUACAACAUUAUAUUACAAUGAUGUGUUGUUCUAAAUAUGAUUGUGAAUGCCUCAGCAUCCAAGAUCAAUUCAAUAUAUUUGGACAAAGCCAGCAAACUAGACUGGGUGUCAGGUUAACUUACUUGGUAAAAUUCUGUGCAGGAACAAACUCAUUCUUUAAAUGCUGUAACUGGUAGCUGCUUAAAAACAGUAACUAGUCGGAAACAAGUGGGUCUGUAAUGGACAGUAGCACCCAUUCCGCUCGCAGGUUUUCCGUUUACUUUUAAUUAUAAUUUCUUUCCAGCUUAAAUCAAUCUUUUGAGUAUAUACGGAAUCAAGGCAAAGAUUACAAUGUAUUUCUUGUCAAGACUGGUAUUUAACUGUUUUGUCUUGAUGAAGUAGCCAGCACUUCAGAAACUAGUAACCUGUGAAAACCCUUACAUGGACUGUCCCAAUAAGGUGCUGUUGCUGUUUACUUGUCAUUUCACUUCAUAUAAAAAAAAAAAAAAAAGAACAAAUAAACUGAAUUUUGAUACCCACAGUUGAAAGUAUACUGUUAUUUGUGUUUCAUGAAUAACCAGGUUCAGUUCAAUGAUCUUUCAAUAAGUUACUCGUGCAGUUGAUAUUUGUAACUGUUAUUCACUCUCCAAGCAGCAAGAGUCGUAUGGAAGCAAUGGGAUGUAACUACUUCCAGUGAAAAGAAUAUCAUGGAGUGGGUUUUCUUUCUUGGUGAGCCUUA